CUUGAUUUCCGAGAUAUCACUUUUGAUAUAUAGGAUGUAUUGGCCCCUCCCACUCCUUUAUUGUUGACUUUGUGUCCACCAGUUAUCCAAGACGUCAUUUGGUGUGCACAUGUUUGCCUGAUUCUACAUCAGUAGCUUGCAAUGCAGUUUCUUGGUUCAUUGAGUGUGAUAUGCUGGUGGCUGGCAGCCCUGGCCUCAGGGCAGAACCAAACCAACGGAACCACCUUGCCAGUCGUCGAUCUUGGCUAUGAGAUCUAUCAAGCAGCCUCUUUCAAUGCAACUGGGGGUUUUUAUAACUUCUCAAAUGUUCGAUAUGCAGCGCCCCCAACUGGUGACCUCCGAUUCCGUGCCCCUCAGAAACCUUCCUCCAACCGCUCCGUCGUGCAGACAGGAAACGUCGGUCGAAUAUGCCCACAAAGUAUCCCACAAUGGGUUAUUGAAAGCCUAUUUUUCGUCGCAAACUACAGCUCAGGCCUUCCAUUCAAUGCCUCUGCCUGGCAGAGCCCUGGCAUCUCGGUAAUCGGCCUCCUUCAGGACCCGAGAAUCACCGAAGACUGCCUAUUCCUGGAUGUCGUGGUUCACCAAAAUGUCCUCAAUUCUGCACGUAACGGGUCAAAGGCACCAGUAUUAGUGUGGAUUCAUGGAGGAGGAUACGCGGAGGGAAGCAAGACAGAUAAUGGGGUGCCAGGGAAGAUUAUGGCGCAAAACAACGACGUGAUUUUUGUCACCAUAAAUUACCGCCUAGGCGCAUUCGGGUUCCUUUCUGGGCCAACUUUACAAUCAGAUGGUGUCGCCAAUGCAGGACUACUUGAUCAGCAUUUGGCUCUUGAGUGGGUGCAAGAGCAUAUUUCUAAAUUUGGAGGCGAUCCAGACCAAGUGACUGUUAUAGGAGAAUCGGCUGGCGGGGGUUCAAUCUUGCACCAGAUAACGGCGUACGGAGGUGUAAAUGGCAAGGCCCCCUUUCGCCGCGCAAUCCUUCAGUCUCCUGCGUUCUUCCCCUUCAGAGACAGUCAUUUCCAAGAACAAGCCCUCGGAGACUUCCUCGCCCUCCUAAAUGUCUCCACCAUCGCAAAGGCUCGAACCCUACCCUCCUCGGCGCUCAUCCUGGCUAAUAAGCAGCAACAAGCUGCUUCUCCCUACGGCGAAUUCGCAUACGGCCCCGUCGUGGAUGGCUCUUUCGUGCCCACCUUUCCCGGAAAACUGCUCCUGAGUGGUCGAUUCGACUCCCAAGUUGAGGUCAUGGUUGGACAUAACGCAGAUGAAGGACCUCUCUUCACCAACCCCGCUAUCAUCGAUGAUGCUAGCUUUCACGCAUUUGUUGCUUCAUUCUUCCCAACCAUGGAAGAUUCCCUAAUCGAGUAUGUCGAGAGCAAGCUCUACCCACCAAUAUUCGACGGAAGCCAGCCAUACACAAACAAUCUCGAGCGCGCCAUCCUAUUGAACUCCGAACUCCUCAUUUCUUGCAAUACUUUUUACCUUGACAAGGCCUUCAACAACCGAACCUAUGCUUAUCUCUUCGCCGUCCCACCUGCCACGCAUGGUUCUGAUCUUUCGUACACUUUCUACACCGGUGCAUUUAACCCGAGCUAUAAUUUACCCACCUUUAACGAGACCGUUGCAGAGACUUUGCAGGAUUUUAUUUUGUCAUUCGCUAUGAACGGGAAACCGAUGACAAAUGUUGCGGGCGUGGACAGGUUUGCGCCCUAUGGCCAAAAUGCGCAGCUGAUGGAACUCGGUACAUCGAGCAUUAGCAUGAUGACAGAUCCAGCGGCUAAUAACAGAUGCAAAUGGUGGGAAUUAGGGUUAGGAUGGCACAAUAUUGGACGGGGAAAUUACACGGUAUAGGGAAGCUCUGUAGCAGACUACGGAAACCUCGCAAAGCGGGUCCCUGACAUACUUGACUGUAUGAGUAUGAGUAUGAGUUAGAUACAAUUUGUAAGGAAGGCAUUUACAGCUGGUAUUGCCUUGCUAUGUGGGCGUGAAUGUC